GCUCAGAGGUACUGAAUCAUCAAAGGGACUAUGGGCGGAAGUGUCCAGCAACCCCUAGAGCACAUCUCAGCACGUGGGCAUUUUCCCAGCCCCUCAGGCCACGGCCCUGCGAGUCAUUCUUGACUCCUCCCACAUCCACAUCCAUUCAGUCAGCAGACCCUGGCAGCCCCACCUUCGAAGUGUUUCCAGAACCUGCCCUUGCUCUGUCUUGGGUUCCUCCCUGGUCCUCUCCACCAUUAUAUCCCAUUUGGAGAGUCACACAGCCUUUUUGCUGUCUGUCUGCUCCCUGUUCCCACACGCAGCCAGAGGGACCCUGUGAACACCUGCGUCAGGGCACGUCCCCCUGCUCAGAGCCCUCCCAUGGCUCCUUCUCAUUUGGGAAAAGACAGAAUUGUCACCAUAAUCCACAAGGCCCCAUGUGAUCUGCCUCUUGUCCUCUGGCCACCCCCAACCUGCCUUGCUGUUCCAACUCUGCAAACUCAUUCCCAACCUAGGCCUUUGCACUCGCCCGCCCCGCCUCCCGGGGCCCUCUCCCCCUGGAACUUACGCGAUUGCCUUCCUUUUGUCACUCAGGCCUUCGCCCAAGCGUCAGCUCCUCAGAGACGACUCCUGACAACCGUGGCCAAAGUCAAACCCCAGCACUCAGUAUCUACAUGCGCAAGCAUGUGACACACCAGUCACUUCCCUCUUUCUCACAUGGCGUGUGUUUAUUCCCAUAUUGUCUGUCUCCCCCUUCACAAAUGUCCAAGAGGGCAGGGCAGUUUGCCAGGUCCUCACCCGUGCAGCCCCUGGAUUUAGAGGAGGGCUGGACUUUUAUAGUAGGUGCUCAAUAAAAAUUCCUGGCAUGAAGGUGCUUGGACGUGUGCAGUUCCCAGUGCCCGGUACUGCCUGAGUUUGCUCACAGGUUAAUUUGCUCAAUCCUCACCGUGGAGCCUCCUCGCCUGUGGAGCAGGUCGCACAGACCCUAUUGCGCAAAUGAAGAAACAGGAUCAGAGAAGUUAAGCGACUGUCCCAGGGCUGCAGGGCUGGUAGCAGUGGAGCUGGGGAUCAGGCUCCACUGAUCCCCUCAACCUCUGAGGGAAUCGGCCGUGCGACCCACUCUCCAGAUGAGGAAACCGGGCGAGGGUAGGAAUUGCCUGGGGUCGGUCUGUUUAGUCCAUUUACAUGGCUGCUGCUAGAUUCUCAUCUGGUCGGCCUCCCAGUGAGGCCUUAAGCUCGUCAGGUGUGCUUCCGUGGGGGCCCGCUCCCUCCCCCAAUGCUGGUGCUCAGGUGCGGGAAGCAGGAGGGGAGGGCGGGGAGCUGUGCAGGGUGUGUGUCCCCAUGAAUAAUUGAGGGUCUCAGGUCAGAGACCUGCAGCUGUUGCCCUGCCUUGGGCAUGGAGGAGGCGGUGGCGACGUCACUUUCUCCCUUGCGGGGCCACCGGAGCAGGUUAUAAGAUGCUGCUCUGGCCUCACGGUGCUGAGGACCCUGGUCCAGACGCCACCAUGCAGCACCGCAGGGCCGCCGCCAUGCUGCCGUUGCUGCCACUGUCCCCGCUGCUGUUCCCGCUGCUGGGGGCAGCCAUCGCUGUUCCCUUGGCGCAGAGACCCUCCAAGGAGGAGCUGACCCGCUGCCUGGCAGAGGUGGUCACAGAAGUGCUGACGCUGGGCCAGGCCCCGCGAGGCCCCUGCAUGGCUGUCCUCCACAAAGAGAUGUGUAAGACAGAGCCCUACGGCAGUGCGUCCACCAACGAGAAAGGCCUGCUGGUUGGGGAUUUCAAGAAGCGGGAGGCUGGGAAGAUGAGGUCCAGCCAGGAGGUGAGGGACGAGGAAGAGGAGACGGCCGAGGAGAGGACCCAUGAGUCCGAGGUGCGGGAACAGGCCAUCCACGAGCAGCUCCACAGCCGGCUCUGCCAGGGGGACGACCACGAGGAGGAGGAAAAGAAGAAGAAAGGGCCCAUGGAGACCUUCGAGGGCCUGUGGAAGCAGCGCCUAGAAGGUGGAGGGCGCCCACAGAAGCAGGUGGCAGAGCAGGCCAGGGACGAGGAGACAGCCAUGCAGGUGCUGGGCGGGGCCCGCAGCCUGUGGCAGGGGGCGGAGAGCGGGGGAAGAGAGGGGCAUGAGACCUCGCUGCACCGCCACCACCUCCGCCAGCCAGAAACGGAGCCCACGCAGGAGAAGGAAGACGCUUCGGAAAGGGAGGAGCAGGAUGUGGAGCGGCUGGAGCACGUGAGAGAGGAGCUGAAGAAGGCCGCGGAGAUGCUGGGGGCGGAGCUCAGGAGGGAGCGCUGACGCCGGGGCCUCCUCCCUCCAGACACCCUGUGGCUCAGGCCUGUUGACUCCCAAAGCCCCCACCUCGCCUCGCAUCCUUCUCCACUCCCCAGCCGCAGGAGUGGGGAGAAGGGUGCGCCCUGGAACCAGGCCUGAGGGCCGGUCUGUGCUGGGUAGAAGGGCCGGGCUCAGGAAAUAGCCCGCCCCCCAGACAACCCACCCCAACCCUUCCGAGUGAAUAAAGCACAAAGAAAACCA